AUGGAGGAGGUGGAAAAAGGAAGAUUGAAACCCAGGAUAUUUAUUAAUCAACAAUCAAGGAGCAGACAGUGGAUUCCCCCAGAAGCAGGAACAAUCAGGGUGGAUGUGGAUGCUUCGGUGUUGGAGAAUGGACAAGCAGCAUGUGGAGGGAUGAUUAUGGAUGAUCAGGGAAGAUGGAUCACUGGCUUCAAAAAGUGCCUAGGCGUGCUACCAGUGGUAGCAACAGAACUAGUGGCCAUCCAUAUAGGGUUGGAGGCUUGCAAAUCAUUCCAACUACCAAAUGUUCAACUUUGCUCAGGUUCGAUGGAGGCGAUCAAUAUGAUCUCAAGAGAUAGUGGCGCGAAUCAUCCUUUGUACAACGAGAUUGAAAGGGUCAAACAUCUGUUGCAUGAUGGACAGAAUGUUCAAGUAAAUUAUAGUAUCAGAGAAGCCAUACAAUGUGCUGACAUACUAGCUAAAGCGGGCCACCCCGUGGGCCCACAGACAGUCCUAGUAACUGGGAUUGACCCGACAUGCAGAAGAAGAUUCAUGGAAGAUUUCCAAGGCUUAAGGAGGACAAAGGACCCUCCAAACUGA